AUGGAUAGGGACGUGGAUGACGGGAAGCGCGCACAUAAUAACGGCAGUAAUAGGGUCAGGAGUGUUGUCUUUGGCUUGGGCCAACGCACAGCUCGGAUGGGUGGCAGGACCGGCCGUGCUAAUGGCCUUCUCCUUCAUUACCUACUUUACAUCAACCAUGCUUGCCGACUGUUAUCGUUCCCCUGA